AUCGACAAACGUCAGAGUGUUUUGUUUGUUGUGUGUUUUGCAACCGAAGUGUCUACCGCGUAGAUCGCGACCAGAAUCUUCCGGCGAGGCAGCGAAAUCCCGUUCGAAUCAAACAGGAACAGCCAGAAUCGGGCGAGUGUCCUCCGAGGAAAUCGGAUAAGCGCCGUGACUUGGAGCAAUCUCCUUCUCGUCAGAUCAAAAGGGAUGCUUGGGCAGUCAGAAGCUGGGACCAUCCGGCCAGAACAUGAUCCUUACGUUUGAUGGAAAUCGGGCGAGGGUACGGACGGAAAUGCGAGGACGUCGAGGAGGAGCUGCGGAAAGAGUUUAAGUAGCUGAAGGAGGCCGCCUACGACAUGGCAAGUCUUUGGCGCGGUAUGCCGAUGACUAAGGCCAAGACGAGCAUAUGAAGCCGCUGGCAUCUAUCAUAAAUACGGUAUGCCCUUAUCCACAUGCUCGGAUCAACCGACAACGUCACCGAAUCGCUGCCGCAACACAACGCUGCAGCUGCUGUUCAAAUUGUGCCUGCACCGUCCUGCUCGCCCUGAUGAAGGCGAAUCGUACCUCGAGCUCAACUGAAAUCAGUGGGGCAAUCUACUCGCGAUGGUCAAGCGUCUGAAAGCCGAAGAUCACCUGGAUGCCUGGAUGCAGGAGAACCAUCGACGAGACGACGCGAUGCGGAAAAUCUCCUUUAGCACGGUUUGCAUGGUGGAGGAGACGAAUCUGAUGAUUGGCACGAUCGAGAGUCGAAGGAACAUUUCACGAACAAGUUCAGAAUUUGAUUUCAACAAGAAACAUCCCGCGCCAUCUUGUCCCAAUGGCACUGGCUUGACCUGCAGCGAUUCCCUAGCACACCCUGUGGCUACUGGAACCUGGAGCAGAAAACUGUUCAUGUAAAUACAGUUUGUUUUGUUUUGUGUCGCUUGCUGUGAUGACAGCUGGUGAAUCAAAGUUUCGUGUUUCGAUAGAUGCAAUCUUUUUCGGCGCUGAUUACAUUUAGUGUUUCAUGCCCACCAUGGCCGCAACGGACGUGGACCAAGAAAAGGACACCGGAUAGGCGGAUUAAGCGGAAAGAAAUCCCCAGCAACAAGGUAACACACAGAAAUCUCAGAUGGAGUUUGAGACGGAAUCGUCCAAGGCAGCGACGGUCAUGACGUUGAGAACGGUGGCCGCUGGACUACCCUGGAAGAAUACAUCGGUGUGUGUUAUUGAUUGUGGAACGGCCAACGAUUUUUUUCCGGCGCAUCGAGUUCGCUGAAACCGAGUUUAGCGGAGAACAAUUCGUCGUUGCUGGAUCGAUUUGGUUUCCGGAAGAUCCGGCGCCAGCGGGAUGACGGUGGAACGGUGCUGUCGGAAUCUGAGCUGGAACCGCAACAGGCUGUCUUGUUGGCUAAACGAACAGAAGAUGUACGGAUGACGACCAG